UAAAGGUGAGAAUCAGCCGAGUCAACAAAGCAGAGCAGCUGCAGGAACAGAGCAAACAUGACCACCCUCUUCUCCAGGGAUGUCCAGGUGAAGAGCAUGGAGCAGACGGUGAAGGACGCAGAGAAGUACCUGGGCGAGAUCUGCUCCCUGCUGGCCUCCUACACCAGGAAGACAGCCAAGCUCAGAGACAAGGCCGACCUGCUGGUGGCUAAGCUCUUCGACUUCUCCAGCAGAGAGGACCCCGAGCUGCAGACCGGCCUGAAGAACCUGGCUGAGGACCUGGCCAUGGUGCAGGACUACAGGCAGGCCCAGGUAGAGAGACUGGAGACAAGAGUGGUCGCUCCUCUAAAAGCUUAUGGAGAAGUAGUUAAAAAUAAAAGGGCCGAUCUGAAGUCGUUCAGCACGGAUCUGAACAGAGAGCUGAAGGAGAUGCAGAAACUGGAGAAAAUCCGGCUGAGGAACCCGGCGGAUCGACAGAGCAUCUCUCAGGCAGAAGUAAAUGCUCAGAAGGCGUCCAACAGUGCCCAGCGCAGCAUCAGACAGCUGGAGGAGAGCAUCGCAGACUUCCAGAGGCAGAAACUGGAGGAUAUCAAAAGGAUCUUCACAGACUUCAUCACAGUGGAGAUGCUGUUCCACGCCAAAGCGCUGGAGGUCUACGCACACACAUGCCGCAACCUGGAGGAGAUGAACAUCCAGAAGGAUCUGGAGCUGUUCAAUGGACGGAUCAGGAUGUCUGACUCCCUGGCUGGGCGCCUCUCUCCUCUGAGCUCCUCUCCUACCCUCACGGGCCUCUACCCAACUCCCCCUCUGGCCUCCCCCAAAGGUCAGAGCUUCAGGUCAACGCUGGCCUCCACCACGGGCCAAAACCAGAGACACAUCCGGUACCCAGACACGGUCAGGAGGUCUCGCAGCACCCUACAACGCCAGAGAGGCAUGGAGGAGGAGGAGGAUGAGCUAGAAGUGGAAGAAGAGGAUGAUGAAGAGGAUGAUGAUGAUGAUGAAGGAGAGGAGGAGAUUUCGGAAUCAGAAAUAGAGGAAGAACAGCACACAGGCAGGCAGUCGUAUGCUGCUCAAUAUGCCCAGAUGCGCAAAUGGAAGAAGUAAACAUUCUUGGUUUGAGGUAGUUUGAGCUCACUCUUAACUCAAGAGCAAUAUCUUUUUUACUUGACUUUAUAGAAAUAAAAGCCAGCGUUCAUUUGUCAUAAUGGAUCACUUUUAUAAUCCAUAAACAUCAUUCAUAUCAUUGUCUCUACAGUAUAUGCUCCAUUGAAUGUAAUAUUGACAAUUUAUGAUUUUGUACUUUUCUUUUCGCACACUGACCUCAAAGAUUAGGUUUCUCUGUCUUGACUUUGAACUUAAAUGUUAAACUUAGUUAUUGUAAUGUAGAUAUGUAUGUUGGUAAUUUAUAGAUGUAUUUCUUAAUGUAAUUGCAACCAUCCUUGAGUUUG